AUGAAACCGGUUCGCCGCAAAACCACCCCAAAGAAGCUCCCUAGGACCCCGUCUCGGCCCCGCGUCUCCACCUCCACCACACCCCCCGCAGGCUCUUCUCAUCGCCAUCGCUUUCCCGGUAGACGAGGCCAAGGAAUUCUUAGGGAGAUCCACAAGCUACAGAAAAGCACAAACCUGCUGAUCAGUAAGGCACCCUUUGGUCGACUAGUUAGAGAAAUAUGCCUCAGAUAUACUCGAGGAGUGGACUAUUAUUGGCAAACUCUGGCCCUACUGGCCCUACAGGAGGCAGCAGAAGCAUUUAUAACUCAUUUAUUUGAAGAUGCCUAUCUCCUCUCCAUACAUGCCCGGAGGGUAACCCUGUAUCCCAAAGAUUUCAUUCAACUGCCCAGAAGGAUCCGAGGUUUACAGGAAGGACCAGGCUAA